AUGGAUGAGGAAUUAUUAAUUCCAAAACACUAUCAUGUGUCCUGGCGGUCGAUUGUGGAUUUUAAAAAUUACAAAACAAUACCUUUGUUCUCCAACAUUGCGAACACGGAAACGGACACACAAUGCAUGCAGCAUCACGAAACUAAGAAGAACACUUUGCGACUAGUCACAGUGGUAAUAAGACAUGGAGAUAGGGCACCUGUGGAUACCUACCCAAAUGACCCUCAUAUCAAUGACAGUAUGGAGCCCUAUGGUUGGGGUCAGCUAACAUAUGAAGGAAGAAGAAACCAGUACGAUCAAGGAUUGUUUCUGCGAAGGCGUUAUAAUUGUUUUCUAGGCUCGAUGUAUCAUCCCGAUAUAUUUUAUCUGCAAACUACCAAUGUGGAUCGUACGAAAAUGUCAGGCGAACUGGAGUCCGCUGCUUUGUGGAAACCUAGCAAGAAGCAGAUGUUCACAUCUGAUCUACCUUGGCAACCAGUUACGCUGUUCUAUCAGGAACGUCAAGACGACACGCUUAUGUUAAUAUGGAAUAUGUGUCCAAGGUAUACACAACUGCGCUCUUCAGCAAACGACUUGCCGGAAGUCCGGAAAUUGCACGAGGAUAGUAAGCAAUUGUUUGCAGAGCUCUCGAAUUUCACAGGCAUGCCGAUUACGACUGUUGACGAUGUUAGUUCACUUUAUGCUACGUUAUCAGCUGAGGAACACAUGAAUUUGACUUUGCCAGAAUGGAUAAAGAAUUAUUACCCUGAUAAAUUAAUAUCUUUGACUUUAUUUGAGCUACAACUUAAUACAUAUCGCGAUGACUUCCGCAGACUAAAGGGUGGCCCCAUGCUGAAGAAAUUCACUAAUGAUAUGUUAGCGAAAAGGAGAGGUACUCUACAGCCCAAAGAAAGAAAAAUGUUUAUGUAUAUAGGUCACGAUAGCACUAUCGUCACCCUGCUAGACACCAUGCACAUUUGGCAUAAUCAAAUGCCCUACUAUAACAUCAUGACGAUGAUAGAGCUACACGAGGACGAAGGUGAAUGGAACAUUCAGAUAUUUCUAAGAAAUACGACAGCUCACGAUCCGUAUCCGAUGACAAUACCUGGAUGCAACAUUGUAUGUCCUCUUGACAAGUUCAUGGAGAUCAUGAAGCCAGUAAUACCAAAUAAUUGGGAGGAAGAGUGCAAGGUCAAUGAUAAUUAUACACCUCCAUCAGCGCCACCUCCAUAA